AUGUUAGAUGACUUUCGUUUGGAAUGGCUUUGUCGUCGAACGUGUCAUAUGUUGAAUAUUGAAAGAUCGAUAUUCGUCGGUAUGUUAGAACGAAAUAAUGGUUUCAAUGAAGAUUUAAUUGAUGAAUUUCUUCAUUCGGAUGCGAUGAUACGUGAAAGAUUGUAUGCACUGAUCUUUUAUCGUGAAGAUUCAAGAAGAGAAGUAUGGCAGAUGUUUGAAACUCUCGAUGAUGAUGAUGAUGUCGACGAGUUUGGUGUGAAAGACGAAGAUGAGAAUGAACAACAAAUAGUUUUGACUAUCAAUGAACCCGUUGACGCAGAAACUGAAUAUCCAAUGGAUUAUGUUUUCAACAAUGCUCGUUCGUCUACCCAUGAUACAAAUGAUCUACUGUAUGAAAAUCUGCGAAGUCUCCAGCGUCUUCUCGUGGUCAAUCAGUACGAUAAUAAACAUUACCAUUUCGCAUUAAAAUCGUACCAUGAAGCGCGUCUCUACUGUGAAUAUCGGCAUUACCAUAACAUCGUCUCGAUGAAAAUGUCGUUUGUUUACUUCAUUCGAAUCGAUUCCCAACAAUCUUUACUUCAAUCAUCAACUUUCGAUGAAAUGAAUGCGAUUAUGAACGCGACGAUUAUCGAAGGAACCGUUUCCGAACAGCAUUCACUUGAAUCUUUAGUAGAGAUAUUGUCUUUAGUUUAUAAUCAUUUACUUCCAUCAGUCAUGGAUCAACCGUCGUCAGUAUUCUCUUCGAUUGAAGAUACUUCCGAGCGUGAUCAAUUACGUGUGAGUUUGAAUCGAUUUUGUUCACAGAUUCAAUCGACCGUACGUCAGAUGCAAGGCGAAUUCACAUUAACUAUUCCAACGAAGAGUUUAUCUAUGUCUGGUGAUGAAACAGAAGAAGAAUAUAUUGAAAAUCUGGAAUAUCUGCUCUAUGAUUGGGAGGGCAUCUUACACGAAGAAUUGAACAAUGAAUUAAAUAGACGCGUAAUACAAACGACUCCUCUCGCUGAAAUCGAAUUUUGGCAUGAGAGAUCUGUUCGAAUCACUUCAAUCUUAGAACAGAUGAAACGAGACGACGUCAUGAGAAUUAUACACAUGCUAACCGAUCUCGAUAGUCCUUCAGUUGCUGGAUUCGAUAGCAUAAAAAGUCAACUGCAGAAUUACCUAUUAGAAGCCAUGGAUAACUACAAAUUUCUUCUGACUAUUGAAAGACAUUUGAAAAUUUUACAAACGGCGAAGUCCUUCCAAACUGUUAGUCAUAUGUUGCCAAAUUUAAUGCAAGGCUUAAAAACGAUUUGGACCAUGUCGAAACACUACAAUAAAGAUGAACGGUUCGUUCCAUUUAUGGAAAAGAUAGCUGAUGAGAUAAUUAAUCGUGUUCGACAGACAAUCGACUUAUCAACACUGUUUGCAUCGAACUCAUUGACAGAAAUUGAACAUCUCUGUUCCCAAGCUAAACAGUUGUUACUACAAUGGAAAACAGAAUAUCAAAAUGUUCGAGUCAAACUCGAGAAUGAUAAACGUGGAUUUUCAAGUUGGAAUUUUGAUCAUCGAAUACUUUUCGAUAAGACUGAUUAUAUGUCACAGAUCGUUGAUGAUAUAAUCCAAAUGUCAUUGAAUUUAAAGGAAUUUUAUGACACCUUUAGUUCUGAUAUGAAAGCGGUAACAGGCGACGAACAAAUGGUUGAUCGUGUCCUUCAGCAUGUGACCAAUCUGAAAAAAUCCUUUACGUCAUGUCAGUUUGAUAUAUUCAACCGUGAGAAUGCUCACCGAUGGCGUUUGUUUAUGGAUGAUUUUAAACACCGCUCGUCAGUGAUUGAGCAAGAAGCGAAAGUUUUCAUACGUGUGUCAUUCAAUCAACUUCGUUCAGCUGAAACAGCAUUGGAUAUGUUAAUGAAAUUUCAACGGAUUGACACAAAUCAUGUACUGGCACAUGAAAUGAUGCGACAAUUUACAGCUAUUCUUUCGAAAUAUUCCAAAGAAAUCGAUACCAUGGUCGAUUUGUUCAACAAACAAAAAGACAAUCCGCCACUAGUCAAAGGGUAUCCGCCAGUUUCGGGUGCUAUCCAGUGGGCUCGUUUUCUAUUUACUCGGAUAAAGCUGCCAAUGAUAAAAUUACGUUCAUUGAAUCAAUUUCUUCAAUCGGAGCAAGGCGCAAUAGUAAAACAACGUUUUAUUGAUGUUGGAACUCAGUUAAAAGAAUACGAAGAUGACUUAUAUGCGAAAUGGGUUGGAAAUUGCAUGAAAACACUAUCAAACUAUCUUAAACAAAGUUUACUAAUCGAUGUUGAACAACGACCAGAGUAUUUUCUUGACCAUCACAUUCAUGAUGUUCCAAGCCAUCGAUUGUCACUCUAUGCUGCAAAAAAAGACAUUCCACGUGUGUCCGUAUCGAGCAACAUCGCGCAGUCAUUAGGAAAUAAGCCGAAAUCUCACAAAGAAAUGUGUCAUCGCCUUCAGUAUGUCAACGAUACAUUAGGGACGAAGAAGAAAAUUGAACUAAAAUAUUUAAUAAACUACAAUGCUGACUUCAAAGAGUCUUUAAUCGAAUGUUACAAUUUAGAAAAACUUGGAUUUCUUUUACCAGAAUCGAUUCGUCAAACAACGUUACAAUACUCCAAAUUCGAACAAUUAUCAAAAGAACUUCGUUUAAUGCUUGAAGAUUACCAUUUAACACUUGCAUCGCUUGACACAAUUGAAGUUUCUCUUCUUCAGUCACAUCUUGAUCAACUACAAACCUCAAUCAAACCAGGAACGUCGAGAAUAUCUUUUGGGGAGAUAGGAACCAUUGAUUAUAUCAAAGAAUGCCGAAGCCGUUUAGAUCAAUUACAUUCCAUUCUUAAUCAAAGUCGAAAAAUUUCAUCGGACAUUCGCGAGCACUUGGACAGUUUUCGUUUGUGUAUAAUAGAUCCUGUUGUCCCACGCCAUGAAGACGGAAGUCUAUUGACUUGUCGAGAAUACUUCGGAUAUCUGGAAAGAAAACGAAAAGAGAUCAUUGCAAAUUUGAAGCGCCGCUUUGAAUUGAUCGGACCAAUACUAACCAAAAUCGAAUCAUUAGUCUUCGGUACCAAUACUGGCAAACAUAAGAACAUGCGCUCUUUUUACAUUUACUGGGAACAUGAAAUUUUCACAUCUCUUGUGGAACUAGUCAUUCGUAACCUUUGUCAAUUUUUCGAAAAUAUAUUUGGUGCUACGUCUCUAUUCACUGUCGAAGUUGUCCUUGCACCACCACGCAUAAAACUUCAACCAUCACUCGAAGAAAUCGUCAAUUCGAUCCGGCGGAGUGCUUAUGGCAUCAGUGAACUACCUAAGUACUUCACACGUUGGUUACAUGGCACUUGUAUAUCGUGCCCGUCAUUAUCCAUAUCAAACGAAGAGAUUGAAACACCGGAUUUUACUUUCUAUAACGAUGUUAGACAACAUGCUGAUGUUAUCUCAAUGUUGAAACCAAUUCGCGCUUAUGCUUCGGGAUUAGUCACUGCAAUCAAUCACAUACUAACCAAAUUAUUAGCCUACAACGAUCUGUGGAAAAACGAUAAGCAAAAAUUGAUCAGUCAAUUUAUUUCGAAAUCGCAUCAUUACUCCGACUAUGAUGAAAUGAUGAGUAUGUUUUCUAAAGUUGACCGAGUCUUUGAUCAUCAUCUUCACAAUCAAAAUCUCUAUUGCAUACAAUUAUCAUUGAAGCAAUUCUAUCAAGCAUUGAAAUACCACUGUCGAGGCUGGAUUCAUCUUUACGGUCAGCAUUUGUAUACAAAAAUGUCGACUAAACUCAAAGAAACAAAUGAUGUAUUGAAUAAUCUUUCGCAAGGUCUUCGUCACGAUGCUGACACAGUCCCUGAUUUAAAAUAUGUUUUGAAUAUAAUUGAUAGAGUCCAUCAGCAACAAGAAUCAAUUGAACAUACAAUCGAUGACAUUGAACAAUCCUAUCGAAUUUUACACGAAAAUCAGUUUGAAUAUCCUCAAUCGGAUUCGGUUCUCAUUCAAACACUGAAACCUCGUUUAAAAGACAUAGUUCAACAAUCGCAUGUCAUCCAACAUCGUCUAAAAUCGAUUCGUGAACGUUUUCGCGAAAUAAUUCAAUAUGAUGUUGAAUUCUUUCAACAAAUGAUCGAUAACCUCGUCCAGCGAUUCGAUCAGUUCGGUCCAUACACAAUAGAAAAUGAUCUUCAGCGAAGUUUCCAACUGACUCAACAAUAUCAAACUGAACUUCAUAAAAUUGAACAGCGAAAAAUCGAUUUGAUCAAUGUGAUGAAACUUUUUCAUAUAUCAUUGCUAAAUCACCCACAACUGACGCGUUUGCACCAAGAAAUCAAUAAUCUGCACAUUCUACUCAACCUUUACAAUGAUUUCAAACACAAUGAAAAACUUUGGGCUAAUAUCCUCUGGUCCGAACUGGAUAUCAGCCAACUGAUUGUCAAUGUCGAUUCAUUCGUCAAAGCUUUUCGACGUUUACCAUCGGAAAUCAAAUCCACAAAUGUUGGCCGUGCGGUAGAAAGAUACUUCAUAAAUUUUCGGUCAUCACUUCCUAUCAUGCUUGAUUUAAAACACGAAGCAUUACGAGAACGUCAUUGGCAACAAAUCAUUCGCGAAACCAAUGUAGAAAUCGAUUUAACUAGCAAUGUUCUUACCUUGGAUAAUAUCUUUCAAAUGAAUUUACAUCAAUAUCAAGAAAUCAUUCAAAACAUUCUCCAAACUUCCAUCAAAGAAUUACAAAUUGAGAAGAAUCUCAAAGAUAUCGAACAACAAUGGAAUAACAUGCGUUUUCAAAUCCAGAAACACACGCGUAAUACGUCGAAUGUCAGUGCACACCAAGAUCGUGGUUUCUUGAUCUCGGGAGUGAAUGAAAUUCUUCAAGCACUGGAAGAUUCCAUACUACUUCUCAACGGUAUAACAAUGUCGCGUUUCGUCGGAAUUUAUCUUUCACAAGUCGAACAAUGGAUUCGUGUUCUCUCUUUGAUCUCCGACGUGAUCAAAAUUUGGACUGUCGUCCAGCAAAAAUGGAUGUAUCUAGAAAAUAUAUUCAUCGGCUCGAGUUUACAGUUUGAGACUUCAAGAAAUUCACUAGUGAAAGAUGCCUGCACUCAUCCCGGUCGAUACGACGAACUCAAAUCAGUUUUAUCUUUAACUGAAAAGAUUCAGAAAAGUUUACAUGAAUAUCUCGGCACCAAACGACAAUCAUUUCCUCGAUUUUACUUCAUUUCUGACGAUGAACUUCUCUCCAUAAUCGGAUCAUCGAACUCGGAGGACAUUCAAGGAUAUUUGCAAAAAAUGUUUGAUAACAUCGCUGCAUUGAAUUUCAUUCAACAAGAGAACGAGUUAUCUCAAGAAGAAGAACAUCAUCGAACGAUGAUUUAUGUGAUAGGAAUGGUCUCAAUGGAGAGAGAAGAAAUGAAAUUCGUUAAUCCAGUUGAGUGUCACGGAAAAGUUGAAGUGUGGAUGUCAAAUAUCGAGAAAGAAAUGAAAUAUUCGAAUCGUUCUAUAACGAAAGAUGCUACCUUUUAUUACCGAUUCAAACAAAAUCGUUUGGAAUGGAUGAGACAAUAUAUUGGAAUGGUCGUGUUAGCAGUAAAUCAAUUGUGGAGUACGUGGGAAAUCGAAGAUCAAUUCAAUAAAAUGACAGAACAUAAUCAACGUUCUGCAAUGAAGUUCUACGUGAAACAGUUGAAUGUUCAGAUUGAAGAAAUUGUUUUUGAAAUGCGAAAAUCUCUAACAUCAAACGAGUAUAAUAAAUAUGAAACGGUGCUUACUAUUGAUGUGCACACUCGUGAUAUGGUUGAUGUUUUAAUUCGUGAUGGAAUUAACGAACCUCAUGAUUUUGCAUGGCAAAGUCAAUUGCGGUUUUAUUGGUUGCUGAAAGAAGAUAAUCUUUACUUGGAGCAAUGCAACGGAAAAUUUCCCUAUGGUUAUGAAUACAUGGGUUUGAAUGGUCGCCUUGUUAUAACACCACUGACAGACCGAAUCUACUUGACGAUUACUCAAGCUUUAUCGAUGUUUCUUGGAUGUGCACCAGCUGGACCAGCAGGAACGGGUAAAACAGAAUCUGUGAAGGAUUUGGCAAAAGCCAUGGGUCUUCUCUGCGUUGUGACCAAUUGUGGCGAAGGAAUGGAUUAUCAAGCAAUCGGCAAGAAUUUGAAUGGUUUAUGCCAGACGGGCGCUUGGGGUUGUUUCGAUGAAUUCAAUCGUAUUGAAGCAUCAGUGCUAAGUGUUAUAUCGACUCAAGUUAAAACCAUUCAACAAGCACUUUUCUUGCGACAAUCAGAGUUUCUUUUCGAGUAUCACUAUAUUCAUCUGCAUUCGACUGUGGGAAUAUUCGUUACCAUGAAUCCUGGCUAUGCUGGACGAACAGAAUUGCCCGAAUCAGUCAAAACCCUCUUUCGGCCGGUUGUCGUCGUUGUACCUGAUAUGCAAUACAUCGGAGAAAUCAAGCUAUUCGCUAAUGGUUUUCUCAGUGCAAGAUUAUUAGCCAAGAAAAUGGUUACAUUGUAUCGUUAUGCAUCAGAAUUGAUUAGUAAACAAUAUCAUUAUGAUUGGGGUUUACGAAGUUUCAAAGCUGUUCUAUCAAUGGCUGGUUAUCUGAAACGUACAACCAUGAGAUAUGAUCGCGAAGAAAUUGUUCUUUUGAGAGCUUUGCAAGAUAUGAAUGUACCAAAGUUUAUUUCUGAUGAUGUCACUCUAUUUCACGCGUUACUGAACGAUCUAUUUCCUAAUAUUCAUUGUCCAGAGAUACACUAUGAAGAUUUCAAUCGAAUUAUUGAAACUACACUAGCCGAUCAAAGUUACAGUCUAAUUUCGGGACAAAUCGAUAAGAUUAUUCAGCUGUACAAAACAAUGAUGACACGGCAUUCGACGAUGUUAGUGGGACCAACGAGCGGAGGAAAAACAGUCAUACUGAACAUAUUAGCGAAAGCACAAACUCAAAUGGGAAUAAAAACAAGUCUAUACACGCUUAACCCAAAAGCAGUUAACGUGAUUGAAUUGUACGGAAUACUCGAUCCAUUAACACACGAAUGGUCCGACGGUAUUGUUUCACUACUCUUCCGAAUGAUCAAUCAGUCAACAACGCGAAAUGAAAGGCGCUGUAUCGUAUUUGAUGGUGAUGUGGAUGCACUCUGGAUUGAAAAUAUGAAUUCUGUCAUGGAUGAUAAUAAACUAUUGACAUUAGCCAAUGGUGAACGUAUCCGUUUGCAAGAUCAUUGCUCCCUGUUGUUUGAAGUUGGCGAUUUAAAAUAUGCAUCACCAGCUACUAUUUCUCGUUGUGGAAUGAUUUACGUCGAUCCGGAAAAUCUAGGACUCGCUCCAGUAUGGAAACGAUGGUUGAAUAGGAAUUUCACGGAUCGGUCAAAUGAGAAGCAUCAAUUAGAAUUACUCUAUGAUCGAUACGUCCAAAAUCUGAUCAAUCUGAUUUAUCAAGGUGUAACCGAUACGGAACGAAGACCAAGAAUGAAAAUGAUUGUCCCGCUAACUCCAGUAAAUAUUAUCGUACAAUUAACAAAGCUACUCGACUUCUUGUUUCUGUCAUUGAUGAACAAUGAGAAGAAAAAUCAGAUACAGCUAACAGCGGAUGUCAUUCAUGCAAUUUUUCUUCAAGCUAUGAUCUGGUCGUUUGGUGCUUGCUUGAAACAAGAAGAUCGAAUCAUUGUCGAUGAUUUUAUCAAAUACCUCUCCGGCCUUCCAACUGCAACCGUUGGUGCGAAAGCAAAACCAAAUCAGAUGCCACAUGAGAAACCGCUACUCUUUGAUCAUGUGUUCCAAAUGGAAUUGAAUCAGUGGCAAAUUUGGGAUGAUCUCAUUCCAAAAUAUGAGCAUGACCGAUCACAGCGAUUCACAGAAUUGUUUGUUCCUACUGUCGAUACAGUUCGUUUAGAAUGGUUACUUCAGUCGAUGAUCUGCAUUCACCAUCCUGUACUAUUCGUCGGUGAUACUGGAUCUAGUAAAACCGCGACUAUUCUGUCGUAUCUACGUCGUUUCGUUAGUCAAUAUAUGAAUUUGAAAUUGAAUUUUUCCUUUCGAACGAAGUCAAUUGACGUACAGCGUUCAAUCGAAAGUCAUUUAGAAAAACGUUCGAAAGAUACGUAUGGACCGUCAGCCGGAACGAAACUAAUCGUCUUUCUUGACGAUGUUUCAAUGCCAAAAAUUGAUCAGUACGGCACUCAGCAAGCCAUCGCUUUCUUGAAGCUAUUGAUCGAAAAACAGGGGAUGUACGAACGAAGCGACGAGUUGAAUUGGAAAUUUACCACCGAUAUCGAGUGGAUUGUAGCGAUGGACACUCCGAGUGGAAGUAGUAAUCACCUCGACCCUCGUUUUCUUAGUCACUUUAGCGUUUUCUAUAUUCCAUCACCAUCACAUGAAUCUCUCUUUCGUAUAUUUUCUACAAUCUUACAGAAUCAUGUCGUAACAUUCUGUUCGGAUAUCCAAGACAUGAUCUCAAGUAUGAUCAAUGCUACAUUAAAAAUUUACAAUCAUGUUGUGCGGCUAUUUGUUCCAACACCGUUGAAAUCGCAUUAUAUCUUUUCAUUACGGGAUCUCAGUCGAACUGUUCAAAGUCUUCUCCAAACAACUCCCGAGCGAUUCAAUACAAAAGAACGAUUUGUUCGUGUUUGGAUCCACGAAUGUAUUCGAGUCUUUUCCGAUCGUUUCAAUGAUGUUAAGGAUCAUGAAUUAUUCAUGAAAAUCCUGGAAGAAAAUUGCUUGAUCAAAGAUCAAAAGAACUAUCUAUUCCGUAGUCCUAUUCUUUAUGCUGACUAUCGAACAGCUUUGCACGAUGGUGAACCGAAGAUCUAUGAAGACCUUCAAGAUUAUCCAGCCAUACGCGCAAUAUUUGAUGAAAUCGUCGUCGAAUAUAAAGACCAGUACGGUAAUAUCGAUGUCGUUCUAUUCAAUGAUGCAUUAGCGCACAUCACGCGCAUCUACCGAGUGCUUCGGUUAGAUCGCGGACAUUUGUUAUUGAUUGGCACGGGAGGUUCGGGAAAGAAGCUAUUGGCCAAAAUUGCCGCUUUCGUAGCCAAAUAUGUGAUCUUUGAAAUUCAACUAACGAGAAACUAUAAUGAAUCGAGCUUUCGAGAAGAUAUGAAAGUGUUGUUUAGCCAAGUUGGUUUGAAAAAUAUUCCAACCGUCUUUCUCCUAGCGGAUGCUCAAAUUGUCGACGAAAGCUUUUUGGAGUAUAUAAAUAACAUUCUAGCUAACGGAAUGAUACCUACUCUGUUCAGCGACGAAGAAAGAGAUAAUAUUAUUAGUGAAAUUCGUGAAGAGGCAUUGAGAACUGUUCAAAUGCCAUCGAAUGAAAAUGUUUGGGAUUAUUUUGUUGAUAAAUGCACAUGGAAUUUACAUGUUGUUCUAUGUAUGAAUCCAAGUGGAGAUCUCCUGCGUAAUCGAAUUCGAAACUUUCCGGCAUUGAUUAAUAAUACGACUAUCGAUUAUUUUGCUCGUUGGCCUUCGCAGGCUUUAUUUGCUGUAGCUGAACACUUUAUCUCUCGAUUUCAAGCGAUUUCGGAUGGAUUAAAAACGCAGAUUAUUGAACAUAUGGCCAUGGUUCAUGAAUCAGCUAAUUUCUAUUGUGAUUUAUAUGUCGAAAAGAUGCAUCGAAGUGCUUAUGCCACUCCGAAGAACUAUCUCGACUUUAUCCGAACAUUUCUUCAGCUCUAUCGACAAAAAUUUGAAGAUUUAAUUAAACAGACAGAACGGUUAAAUAUCGGCAUUGUCCGUAUUGAUGAAGCGAGCGUUCUCAUUGAAGAGAUGGACAAAAAACUUGAAAAACAGCGUAAAGAACUCGCUAUAAAAGCGAAAAAAUGUGAUGAUCUACUCGAAGAAAUAACUAAUCUUACCGCUAAGCAAACUGAACGAAAAAGUCGAGCUUUAGAGAAGAAGCAGGUAGUCGAUGAACAAAUGAUCAUAAUUGCGAAAGAAAAGCAUGAAGCCGAAGAGCAGUUAGAAGAAACAAUGCCGGCAUUACUCGAAGCUCAACAAGGUCUCGAUACACUCAAAGCAGCGGACAUAACUGAAAUGCGUAGUUUCGUGAAUCCAGUGGAUGCAUUGCGAUUGAUCGGGUACUGCAUGCUGAUCUACUUGGGUCACUCAUCGAUCAGUUGGAAAGACGUUCGAGCAGUAAUGGCUGAUAUGAAGUUCAUCACCAAUUUAAAGACCCACGAUCCUGAUUCAUUUACCUCGAAACAAGCAACUCAAUUGAAAAUUCAUCUGAAAAAACUGGAAGAAAAGCUCGAUUCCAAUCAUCUCUAUUCUUCAUUGGAAAAAUCCGAUCGCGAAAUGAAAUUGUUAACUCUAAUGACAAAUGUGAGCCGUGUUGGCGGUGGCCUUUUGAAGUUUCUUCUUGCUGUUGACAACUACAUGGAUAAAUAUCGUGAGACCAAACCGAAAAAGGAUCGUCUACUAUCGAUCGAAAGUGAUUAUGAAACGAAUCUUUUGGAGCUCAACCGUUUAGAAUCGAGUAUCGAGAAAUAUACAACCCUGUUAAACGAUUCUCAUAAACGAUUCGAUACCGCUAUGGAAGACAAAAUCAAAUUUCAAGAAGAGACCGACAUUGCUACCCGUCGACGUACCGCUGCCGAUAAGUUGUUGACCGGCUUUAAAAGCGAAAUAUCACGAUGGACGAAUGAGUUACAACAGAUAAAAGAAUACGAAUAUGAAUUGAUUGGAAAUUGCUUACUAUCAAGUGCAUUUCUUGCCUAUUGCAGUCCAUUUACAUAUGAGAUUCGCCAAGAAUUAAUCUAUAAUCAAUGGGAAAAGAGUUUAAUUGAAAAGAAGAUUCUUUUUAGUGACAAAUUUCAAGUGCAGAAUUUUCUUUCGACCAAUGUUCAAAUUUCCGAAUGGAUUUCUCAAGGAUUACCUGCUGAUGAGUUCUCUAUACAGAAUGGAAUCUUGACCUUACAAACCAAUCGGUUUCCUUACUGCAUAGAUCCUCAAUUACAAGGCCUGUCAUGGAUUAAACAACGAGAAAAGAAAGCGAAUUUGAAAAUCUUAUCAAUGAAAGACCGAGAUUUUCUCAAACAUCUAGAAUUAGCAGUAAAAUAUGGAUACCCAGUACUUUUCAAAGAUGUUGAUGAGUACAUCGAUCCGAUUAUCUUGGAUAUUCUAUCGAAAAAUGUUCAAGGUGAUUCCAAUCAUCAGUUCGUUAAAUUAGGUGACAAGCAAAUUGAUAUUGAUCGAAAUUUUCGCAUGUAUUUAACUUGUCGUUUAUCGAAUCCUCACUUGACUACACUUCACUUUUCCUAUUCGAAAGUUAUAAAUUAUACAGUGACAUUGAAAGGUUUAGAAGAACAGUUAUUAUCUUCUCUGGUGAAAAUUGAACGACGCGAAUUGGAAGAAAUGCGCGACUCAUUAAUCCAGGAAAUUUUUGAAAAUAAACAACAACAAAAAACUCUCGAAGACUCACUCUUGAGAGAAUUAACAACAACAACAGGAAACAUUUUGGACAACACAGAGUUAGUCGAAACAUUGGAAAAUACAAAGACAAAAGUCAAAGAAGUUAUUCAAGCAUUGAGUCUAGGCGAACGAACUCGAUUCGAUAUUGAAAAUCUACGCGAUACGUACAGACCAGCUGCCCGACGUGGUGCCGUACUUUACUUUUCCUUAAUCCAAAUGUCGACGAUAAAUCCUAUGUAUCAAUAUUCUCUCAAUUCGUUUCUGUCUGUUUUCGAAUACAGUGUCAGAACUUCACAAGCGAACGUGAAAUUGGAUAAACGUUUGCAAUCGAUCAUUAAUACAUUAACUUAUCAGAUCUACUGUUACGGUACAACAGGAACGUUUGAAAAACAUAAACUACUCUAUUCGUUUCUGUUGACCACGCAAAUCGAAUUCGAUCAACAGCGACUAACUUCCCAUCAAAUCGAUUUUUUUCUUAAAGGAAAUGUAUCAUUAGAUAAGCCGUCAACGCCCUUAGUAGACUGGUUAACUCUUGAUGCCUAUCAUCAUUGCUCAUACCUAUCGAAACAUUUCCCGGACAAGUUUCAUGAGUUACUGAAUGACAUUCAAGAAAAAUCCGACGAAUGGAAACAUUGGUACGAACAUGAUCGACCGGAAGCAUUUUCCUUUCCAAAACCAUUCGAUGAUAACUUAACAGAUUUCGAAAAGUUAAUGUUGCUGCGAUGUUUCGUUCCGAAUCGAAUUAUCUUCGCAAUUAAUAACUACAUUACGAAAGUCAUGGGACAGAAAUACAUUAUUCCACCGACGAUUUAUUUUGACGCGAUUUUCGAUCAGUCAACCGCACAAAUACCGAUAAUAUUCGUCCUCUCGCCAGGCUCAGAUCCUACAAAUGACAUACAAAAAUUAUCGGAACGAAAAACUCAACUACGAAAGAUUACCAUUGAACAUGGAAACAGCAGCAACAGCAUGGAAGAACAGAGAUCGUUAAGAAUAUUAGCCAUGGGACAGGGACAGGAGAAAUUGACAUUACAGGCUUUACAUACCGCACAGUAUCAAGGAACUUGGCUCUUAUUGCAAAAUUGUCAUUUACUUCUGUCGUUUUUGAAUGAAUUAGAGAGAGAAUUGGAGAUUGCCACAAAGCCACAUCCUGAUUUUCGUCUGUGGAUGACUACUGAACCCAUUGAACGAUUUCCCAUUGGCCUUCUUCAAAAAUCCUACAAGGUAGUCAUCGAACCACCUUCGACUUUGAAAUUGAAUCUUCGUUCUACAUUUGCGAAUCUAAAUAUACAAACGCUUUCUGAAUCCGAUCAUCCAGCAUAUCCGCCUCUGAUAUUCGUUCUCGCCUUCUUCCAUGCUGUCAUACUUGAUCGCAGAAAAUACGAGAAAAUUGGCUGGUCAUGUACUUACGACUUCAACGAAUCGGACUUUCGUGUGUCCGUAGAUAUUCUCAAGGCUUAUCUUAACAUGAGCUUAGAACACGGCCGUCUGGAUAUUCCAUGGCCAACACUACGGUAUUUGAUUGGUGAAGUGAUGUAUGGCGGUCGUGUAAUUGAUUCGUAUGAUCGUCGUCUUAUUCAUACUUAUAUGAAGGAAUUUUUUGGUGAUUUCGUUUUCGAUCAUAUUCAACCAUUUCAUUUCUUUCGUGAUACGAGUUCUUCAGAGAAAUAUGAUUAUUUCGUUCCUGAAAUACGAGAUUUUCUUUCGGCAAAACAACGAUGGUUAUUAAAGCAAGCGAAUCUGUCUGUUGAACCACAAAUCGAAUAUAAUUUUGAAAAGUUCCUCCCAGCAAAAGUAUCGAAUCUUCUCCAUCGUAGCCAACAUCAAUUCGAACAUACACAAAUCGACUAUAAAUCAUUCUCAAAAAAUGUUCUUUUCAAUCAGUUCUUCCACUAUUCGGUCUUUCGCGAUUUCUACCAAGCAUACGUCGAUCAGUUGCCACUCUACAAUCCACCCGAUGUACUUGGAUUGCAUAGCAAUGCUGAAAUCAAUUAUCUUACUAAAGUAGCCAAUGAAAUCUAUGCUAACAUGAUUCUUAUCCAGCCCGAGCAAAAUGAAAUCCAGAAUAGUUCAAGUCGAGAUCAAUUUGUUCUAUCUUUGAUCGAUGAUAUCCUUCGACAAAUCCCCCCGAAAAAAGAUCUCCACUUUCUCAAACAAAAAUUUCAACAACGAUCAACACCAUUAACAACCGUUCUCUUUCAAGAAAUUCAACGAUACAAUUAUCUCACGUCGAUCAUGUGGAAAUCGAUGAAUGACCUAAAACAAGCGUUGAACGGUCAAAUUAGUUUUUCAAUUCAACUCGAUGAAAUCAACAAAUAUCUCUAUCAUGGACAAAUACCACUUUCAUGGAGAUCGUAUGCACCACAAACGAAAAAAUCACUAGCGAACUGGAUGGAACUCUUUCGACAACGAAAUUUACAAUACGAAAAAUGGAUCUAUGAUGGUGAAUUAAAAAUCGUCAAUUUAAGUCGAUUACAUGUACCUGAAUCGUAUUUAGCUGCGAUUGUUCAGAUUGCUGCACGAAAGAAUCAAUGGCCAUUGGAUCGAGCAAGGUUCGACACUAAUGUAACCAAUUGGCAAACGAUCGAUGAUAUCGAUGAAUCAACUCAAGGUAUAUGCUUACUCGAAGGUUUAUAUCUCGAAGGUGCACGAUGGGAUCGAGAGAACUAUUGUUUAAUUGAGCAAUUAAACAAGCAACUAAUUCAAGUGAUGCCUUUAAUAAAAAUCAUGCCCAGUGAAACGCAUCGCGUGAAUCUAAAUAAUUCUCUUGCUACACCAGUUUAUGUCACAAGUGACCGCCGGAAUGCUAUGGGAAUUGGAUUGGUCUUCGAAGCGAGUCUUCCAACGAAGAAAGAUCCUUCACAUUGGAUAUUAAAUGGUGUAUGUUUACUAUUAAAUACAGACUGA